AUGGAUUGUGUACCAUACCAGAGGUGUUUUAUGCAACUUGCAUACAUACUACUGAUAUGGAAUGCUGACACCCUUGGUCAACCUCUGAAAGGCAAAGAACAAAUAUUCCCUCAAGGCUUGCAUGAGAUGGAGGAUUUCACAGAGCAGGUUGAUCUGAGGAGUCAAUUUGGGACUGGCUUUGAAUUUGGUGAUUCAUUUUGUGAUUCAGAAAGAAGAUUGAAUGGAAAACCCACUUUGAGAUUUUUAUUCCAACAGGAAGAUAGAGAAAACACCCAAAAAGAAAAAUUACGAAAGGAAAAUGAGGCAAUGCAAAAACUUUACAAUAAACUUAUGAACCCUUCAGAUCAUUUCUCGCCAGCAACAUAUGAUCUGCCAAGUCCGAGGAAGAAGGCCACUAGAAAACUGAAAUGGAGUCAAAUUGAGAAACUCAAGCCCAAUGAGCUUAUAGAUUAUAUAUCAAACUUCAAUAAGCAAGUCAAAUUGAGUAAAUAUGAAUGGGAGAAGGCAGAAGAUGCUGAAAGGUUUUCUGAGGAAUCACUAUAUCAACCAGCUGUAACAAGAUUUUUAAAAACAAUCAGAAAGGGAGAUAGACCAAUUGCCUUGACAAAUAAAUUGAAACAGAUAAGAGAAUCAACAAAAAGUAUUUCACCACCAACCAUAGAUGACACAAUACUAGAUCGAUUGGUUUUAAGAAGAUUUAUAAAGGAUCAGGGAUUAUCACUUGAUGAAGUAGAUAAAGCUCAUCAGUAUUCAAAAUCACUACAACAAGAUGCAUUUGAAUAUGCAAACAAACAUAUCACCAGUGGUAAGCAAUCAAGUAUCUAA